AUGUCUCUUCACCAGUACAUCAACAAGAAGGUCCUCGUUCUGACUGUAGAUGGCCGGACCCUGGUCGGUACCCUCUUGUCUACCGAUCAGCUCACAAACCUUGUCCUCUCCGGCACAGUCGAGCGCAUCAUCCGGUCCCCAGACGACGACGAGCCCUCCACCGAAGUUGAACAUGGACUUUACCUGAUUCGAGGCGACAAUGUUGUGCUUUGCGGUGAGGUCGACGAAGCCAUGGAUGCAGACAUCGAUUGGACCAAGGUGAAGGGCGAAGUGAUCAAAGACACCAAGAACGCAUAG